AUGCCAGUAGUCGACCUACCAGAUUUUCUCUCGUCUGUGGCUCGACGUGAUGCCAGCUCGCAAGUCAGCCUACUUCUCUUCCAGGCUAUCAUGUUUGCCGCCGUAGUCUACAUCGACUCCGACUACUGUACCGAGAGGGGGUACGAGAAUCGCAAGGCAAUGCGAAAAGAGUUCUUUGAGAAAGUUCGCCUUCUUUACCACUUUGAUGUAGAGCCCGAUCGUAUCGCUCGUCUACAAGCCCUUCUUCUAAUGACAUACUGGUACGAGAGGGCUGAUGACGAAAAGGACACUUGGCAUUGGACAGGAAUAGCCCUGUCGCAAAUUCAUGUCAUGGGCAUACAUCGGAGUCCCGAGCAGCUUAGCAUCAGCCCCAAGGCGAAGCGUGGACGUAAGAGAAUCUGGUGGUCUUGUUAUGUACGAGAUCGACUGCUAGCGCUGGGGAUUCGGAGACCCGCCCGGAUAAGACCUGAUACUUUCAACGUUCCCGACUUGACGAUGGAGGAUUUGGAAAUGGAACCCUUCGACGAUGCCGUUAUGAGUUUCUUUGGGAAGCCGCAGAUAACAGACUCUGCAACUCAAAGGGGUCUGAUGCUCUGCUUUCUCGAGCUGACAAAGCUCUGUGUGCAUAUUGGGGAUAUUCUGUUUAGCCAGUAUUCAGUCCUGAACAACGACAUCUCAAAGGCAGAUGAAAAGAUCACUAUGAUGGUUGUACCCAAGAAAUCCGCCCAGCAGAUGCAAGACAUGGAGAAGUGCGACCUCAAGUUGCGCGACUGGAUACAGAAUCUGGAAUCACCUUGUCGUUAUAAGGCGGGCCAGGUUCGCGAAACAGCCCCAGGUCGCUCAGCCUUGCAUCUGCACCAGGCUUUACUGUACAUGAUAUACCUCACUUCAGCGGCCAUUCUUCACCGCCCCCAGGCUCAACGGUUGGACGAAAGUUCUGGGGAUGAUAUAACCACCAGGAGAUCCGCUGACAAGAUUGCUGAUGCCGCUGGGGGUAUCACACAGGUUGUAUAUGACUUGCAUCAAAGAGACCAACUACGUUUCGCGUCUACCUCGGCGAUCCCUGCGCUUCUCUCUGCUAUACUGAUCCACCUCAACGACAUUGCCUCCUCGCGGCAAGAUGCUCGCUAUGCGUCCAUCGGCCAGUUCUAUCAGUGCUGGCAGGCUAUCCAGUCUCUCAGGGAUAUGUAUGCUUCUGCAGAUCACGUCAUAUGGUUUCUUGAAGCUGUCAUCCAAAGAACCAAUGUCAACAUCCCGAUGCUGAACCUGGCUCCUUUGAAUAACUCAAGACGACGAAAAAUUGUGAAAAGGAACCAGAAGGCGAGGAAAAGUGAUGAAGCGGCUGAGAAAGGUACUCAAGUCGCUAGAGCCGAGGAUCGAAUAGCUUUGGAUGCCUCAAACUCGCUUAUCACACCGGAGACCAUAGGAAGCGAACCUGUCGGUACGCAGUCCCUUGGAGAAAGCUCGACGGGAAUACGCAAGGAUGCCAGCAAUAUGGAGAGUCAAUGCUUCAUCGAUACCCUGAAUGAUCCAUGGACUGACUUUGACGCCGAGGCAAACCUUUUGCAAGCGUUAGUACACUUUGACGCCGAUCCCAACUUCUUUCCCGUUUCCAGCAUCGGGCCACAGGAGAGAGAAAUAUUGCCCUUACAGAGUGCGUAUUAUUGA